GGUGAAGUGAAGUGAGGGGGAAAACAAACGCUGGGAGCUUUUGUUCAGUGUCUCUCCUCGCGACCGGCGAAGCGCGCGCCGUUCCGAGCUCUUCUCAGCGCGAGGCACAGACUGAGGACGAACACCGUGCUUACUGAAUGCUAUAAACGAAGUAAGGAGUUAAUUUCAACACAUUUCUGAGGCUGAACAGAGCUCUACAUUUUGAAUGGUUUACCUCAGCGGCUGUUACCACCUACUCUGCUUUAUCUGAGGCGACGCGGCAUUCCUGUGGACUUUCUGAGGCGACAACGCGCUUUACUUCAGAGAAGGAUGCUGGGGGAGCACGGCUUGACUGCGCUCCAGUCUCUCCUAGCUGUGUUUCUGCUCUUCACCCUGGAUCACGGCAUGGUGAGCUGUGAGACUGUGGUGAACAUGCGUAAGGUGACUCACCAGAGGGUUCAGGAGCCUCUGUCAGGGACGGCCCUCCUGCCGUGUGUUUUCACCCUGCGCCCGAGUCCCUCUCGUGAACCUCCCCGAAUCAAGUGGACCAAACUGUGGGGUCAGCGCGGCCCGGACGGCCUACAAAAGCAACAGUCGAUUCUGGUGGCUAAAGACAAUAUAAUCAAGGUGAAGAAAGCCUUCCAGGGCCGUGUCACCUUGCCGGGAUACCAGGAGAACCGCUACAACGCCAGCUUGGUGCUGACAGGCCUGCGAUCCAGCGACUCGGGGAUGUACCGCUGUGAGGUCGUGGUCGGCAUUAACGAUGAACAAGAUACGGUGCCCCUUCAGGUCACGGGAGUGGUCUUCCACUACCGCGCGCCUCACGACCGCUACGCGCUGUCCUUCUCCGACGCCAAAAGAGUUUGUCUGGAGAACUCAGCCAGUAUUGCCACGCCAGCCCAGCUGCAGGCCACGUUCAAUGACGGCUAUGACAACUGUGAUGCUGGAUGGCUGUCGGACCAGACUGUGAGGUAUCCCAUCCAGUCGCCUCGGCCUGGCUGCUUCGGCGACAGGGAGGACUCCCCUGGCGUGAGGAACUACGGCAGCCGAGACCCCGAUGAGAUGUUCGACGUGUACUGCUUUGCCAACAGCCUGCAAGGUGAAGUGUUCCACACCAGUGUGCCGGAGAAGUUGAGCCUGGCAUCUGCCUCCACUCACUGCCUCACUCUGGGAGCUCAGCUGGCCACAGUCGGGCAGCUCUACCUGGCCUGGCAGGCUGGCCUAGACCGCUGUGACCCUGGCUGGCUGGCCGACGGCAGCGUGCGUUACCCUAUCAACAUUCCCCGGCGUAACUGUGGAGGGGAUGAGCCAGGAGUACGGACCGUUUACCACAACCCCAACCGCACCGGAUUCCCAGACACUAGCGUGCUCUUUGACGCCUACUGCUAUCAUGAGAAAAAUUUGGAAGAGCUGAUGGCGAUUCUCGACAAGACCCUAGAAAACUCCACUCUGAACUCUUCCAGCGACGAAGAGGUGCAGCUCCAAAGAAAUGGGGCCUUCCCUGAACCUUCAACUUGGACCGGUCUGGUCGAUCUCGAGAAAGAAGACUUCAAGUCCAUCAUUAACAACGAAUCUUCAGAAAUCUCAGAGGAGCAUGUUGUAAUCCAUCUUGGACCUGAAGAAAGGUCUGUAGACUGGGAAGACGAUCCCAAAGAUGCUGCGGAGGAGCAGGAGGACCUUCAAGGGGGUUCGGCGAAAGAGGAGACCGAUGAUGGAUCUCCUGACCCGUCUUCAACCACGCCAUCUUCCUCUACCCAAGCUCAUACUAGCAACAGUGUAAUUUCCAACUUUGUGAAAAUAAUCAUGAAGCCAUUUAGGUACUGGGCCAUGACUGUAGAACCUGAGAUACCGGCCACAGAGUCCAGCCUCUACAAAGGUACCUCAGAAACGGUCCCACCUACCAGGACGAAGCCAAAUAAAGAAAAAACAAGCAAAGGUGGUGCUGAUAAUGCCAUCAAGGAGCCUAGUAUCAAGGAACAUUCAUAUAAUCCCUCCUCGUCAGAUCCAGAAGAAGAGCUCUUUGAACAGGAGAAAGAAGUUGUCUUGAUGGCUGCGCCGCAGGAGAUAAAGAGUCCAAGCAAUUCUCAUAUUGAUCGUCCAUAUUCACAGACCUUCACAGACAGCUUCACUGGACCAGCCAAAGGAGCGAUUGGAUCAGGAACGGCGGAGCCGACUCUUUCUUCAAAUCCUUCGGCAUCUAAGAGCUCCGGUUCCAUGAGGAGCAGCCAACAGAUUUUGGCCUUGAAAGUCGCCCCAAGCAAUAAUAGGCAUUUCAUAACUCAAACAAGCAGUCUGAUGGAAGCCAAAGAGGCCAGUUUGGAGAUCAUGACCAUUCCUGUUUCCAGGAAUAACCCUGAGAAUAUCUCUGGGGAAGGGAAAGACUUCAGUGAGGAUGGUUACCCUAUUCCCAAAGGUCCUCCAUUGCUGUUAUCCGCACAUGAUGAAAAAGAUGGCGAGGGAAGUGGAGGGAGAGAGUUACCGUUCACCCUUGACAGCCAAAUUAAUGGAUCGGAUGACCACGGCGUCCCGCUGGAGACCACUGUCAGCUGGCAGCUUAUGAGUCUCCAGACGACUCAACCUACUAGUGCGUCUAGUUCUUCUGAUCCCAAUCCCGAGAAACAGGCUGACACAGUUGAGGAAGCCAGGGGGGAAACCAUGUAUGUCCAUCGCCCCAUUGAAAAACACAAGAACAAUCCUUUGAAUAAAGUCAACUUGCCUUUCGUUAAAUGGAAGCAAGACCUAGGGUUGACCAUUGUACCGGAAACAUACACUUCCAACACUCCUUCCACACCAAGCCCUGUCGAUCCCAACGACGACAUGCUAGAAGUUCAACCACCAACCGUAGGGAUCACUCCUUCCCAACCAAGGGAAGAAACCACUACCAAAGACAUUUUAUGGACUCCGGAUCCAGCCGUUUCCAGCACAUGGUUACCUGUGGUUCAAGAGGAGGUAGUUAAUCCACAGCCUCCGGUUCCUACCAUAAUAACAACGCAGGCUGGCUCUACUGUUCAGCCUACUGGUCCGGAUCUAAAGGACUCUUCCCACCAGGCUGAGAUCAGGUCAGGUGGGUCGGAGUCAUUCGUUUCGGCUCAGGGCUGGAUAACAUCUGAACCCAUUCCAACUGAGGAACCUUCAUCCCAAACCACAGGAAGCCCAGAGGAAAACACAGCUGUGGCUGGGAUGGAAAACAGCCCCUCUAGAAGUUCAGCAGAAGAUGAUCCCUGCCAGACCAACCCGUGCCUGCAUGGUGGGAGCUGUCUGACCGAGGGGGAGGGAUACAGUUGUCUUUGCCCUCAGGGCUAUUCGGGAGAGAGCUGCGAGAUUGAUAUUGAUGACUGUCAGUCCAAUCCAUGUCAGAAUGGAGGCACCUGCAUUGAUGAGAUCAACUCUUUCGUGUGUCUUUGUCUGCCCAGCUACGGUGGAGCAACCUGUGAGAAAGAUACUGAGGGUUGCGAGCACAACUGGAGGAAGUUUCACGGCCACUGCUACAGGUACUUCACCCGCAGACACACAUGGGAAGACGCUGAGAAGGACUGCAGAGAGCACAGCGGUCAUCUGGCUAGCAUCCAUUCCAUACAAGAGCAAGACUUCAUUAAUGGACUGUGCCAUGAAAACACAUGGAUUGGUUUGAGUGACAGGAUGGUGGAAGACGACUUUCAGUGGACAGAUAACAUGGAUCUGCAAUAUGAGAACUGGAGGGAGAACCAGCCGGAUAAUUUCUUUGCGGGCGGAGAGGACUGUGUGGUGAUGAUCGCCCAUGAGAACGGCAAAUGGAACGAUGUGCCCUGCAACUACAACCUGCCCUACAUCUGCAAGAAAGACACAGUACUAUGUGGAGCUCCGCCCUCCAUGGACAACGCUUUCCUGAUUGGUCGGAAGCGUUCGCAUUAUGACAUACACUCUGUAGUGCGUUACCAGUGUGGAGACGGUUUCCUCCAGCGCCACAUUCCCACCAUCAAGUGUCGUGCCAAUGGCAAAUGGGACCGACCCAAGAUCAUCUGUACAAAGUCAAGGAGAUCUCACCGCUACAGACGCCACCACCACAAGUCCCACCACGAGCGCAGAAAGCACAAGAGGCACGGUUCAGGUGGUCAUCGAGGUCAAAAGGAGGGUCACAGCCAUUUCUAACCAAAUAAUCCCCUCCUUUCCGUCAGCUUUUCGCCUAAACCUCCUUAUCUUUGAUAUCCGACAGCCUUUCACCUCCCCCCUUCUCGUCUGGCUCUACCCUCUUCAUGAUCCGAGGGGGCACUGCUGGACAUCACAAGGACUAUAACAAUUUGACUUUUCCGUCUAUUUAUCCGUUAAUGUUAUAUCUCAUUUUAGUAGAUCCACCAUGAAGAAAUUUCUUUCGUACAUUCAAUGUAGAAAACACUGUAAGUAAUUAUGUAUUUUUACAUAAGCAUUAAUUGAGCGGAUGGGUUGGUAAUACAUGUAAAUAUUGCAUUUUGUUUCAAAACGCUGGAUCAAAUCAAAAUGGACAGGAAAUGCUUGGGAUUGGUUAGCUUAUGCAGUAUUUCUUGACCGUUUUGACCCUGGUUUGCUCUUUGUAAGACAUUAACCUAAUUUAUACAGUAUUUCUUAGUAUUUAUAUGUGUUUUGAGUUGAGAGGAGUGGUGUUCAUCUGGAUUUUACAUGAAAAUUAAAUCACACUCACGUCAUUCCAAA